ACUUCCGUCAUUCCUCCAGAGUCCCCUCAACACCAUCCCAGAGCUGUUGAUCUCUGAGUGGAAGGAUUUGGACGAGGAGCCUCUGGAAGAUUUUGAGAAACUGGAGCAGCUGUGUUGCAUAUCUGGGGAUGAGGAGGACACCCUGGGUGACCUCUUCCUGGGGAAUCUGGAGCUGUUGGAGUCUAUGAAGAAGACGCCUGAGCAGAAAGCUAAGGGUUCUGGAGAGAGCGAUAAAGGUGAAGCGAGAUGUGGGACCUCCAUGCCUGAGGGGAAGAGGAGAGUGGAACUGAAAGAGGAAGUUGACGGAAUCUCUGAGAGCGCUGACUGGCUGGCCAGGUCGGUUCCAUCGGCGGUCCAGGACGUCCCAACUGGGGCUAAACUACAGUUCCCAUCAGCCCUUUCACCAUGUCAUUCUCCUGACUCCAAGGACCAGAGGUCACUUUCAAAGAUGCCCACUAAAAAUGGCCUAAUGAUGCAGGUGUGUGAGGAGAGACUGCAGUUCUCGCUCUGUGAGAAUGUUAAAACAAACGUCCUCCGGGGGCGACAGUGAGCGACAGCGUCAUUCUCCACCCAUGGGGAGACCAGCCCUUAGAUGGGGGAGGAGACACAGUCAGUGUGAAGGAUGUAGGAAGCGAAGAGGAGCCGGACACCGAACCCAAUUCUGAACCCCAGAGUGAGUCUGAUGCGACUGACAGUGAAUCACUGACUGUGAUCCAGCAGCCAGAAGUUACACCCCCUCAGCCUGUGGCAAACCAAGCAAUGAAAGCCAAACUGGCUCGCCUGUCCCUCUCCCUCUCCCUCCCUCCUCUCCCUCUUGCUCUCCCUCUCUCCUCCAGUCCCAAGGGAGGGUUCAGGGAGGGCGGGCUACACAGAGACAGGAGUGGGAGACGGAGGGGUGCGUCCCCAGGAAGUGACCCCGAUGAGGAUGAGGAAGAAGAACAGGAAGACGAAGGCUCCAGGAGGGUGAUUGUUGUCACUGAAACAGACGUUGGCAAAAGGGUGGGGCUCAGGAGUCUGCUGAAGUCGCCAAGGGAACCGAUAGACAAAGAGAAAGACAGAGGGAGAAACGUGUCCUUUUUUGAUGAUGUCACUGUCUAUCUCUUUGAUCAGGAAACUCCAACCAGUGAGCUGAGUAGUUCCACCUGCACCAGUCCAGCUCCAGCUCCUAACAAAAGCACUAAAUUUGAUUUACAUGGAGCAAACAGCAAAGGCAAAGACUCCAAAAGAAAAGGGGACUUGUCAGUCAAACCGAGGUCGCCCGUGGGGGCCAACCCAGUGACAUCCUCGCGUUUUACCGUCAGCCCAGCCGAUGACCCCCACUUGGUGUGAGGCAGGGUUCCGGAAUCCUCUGAGUUGUUCUGUAACCCUCAGAACAGGAACCUUCUGAGAGUGGCCAGUGGAUUCCCCCCCAACCAUAACCAUUCUCAGAGGCUAUUUUUUUAAUCGAUCAGGCAACGGAAAGAAAAGACCCCCGUUCUAAAAGCUGGACACAUUCCAGGUUUAACCAGCUACCAGUCCUUGUACGAGAAAGGUUGUUGAUAUAAUACUCCCUUUGCCACUGUAACCUAGGGUCGAUUUAUAGACACUGGCUGGAAGUGGUUGAUGGCAAAGGCAGUUUGUCCUCGGUGAAGAACAGUCUGGAGCUUUGUCAAAUCUGAAACGGAUUGACGGCUAUGCAAUGGGAGUCAUUGUGUACCAGCUUACCUUCUCUUUACCUGCUUUUUCGGUUGUCUUUACCCAGUAUGUACUGGGGGAUGCACUUUCUUUUAGUCAUGUAUCUGUCUAUGUGGAAGCUUGGAUUGAAAUCUUAACUUUGUAAAAACGAUUUUCAUUGCAGUCAGUCAUACUUGUAGGCAGCAGUUGGGGCCAGAAAACAAUCUUAACUCCUGUAUUUGAGAGUACUCAUUCAACAUUUGUAUACAAAAAGAUAGUGUAUACAAUAUAAUUUUAGAGCUGUUUAAUUUAGAUGUAUUCUUAGACUGCACGAAAAGAUGAAAACAAGCUAUGUUUCUAAAAUACUUUUAUUCUAAAAGACUAUGUGUAGCUAUUAUUUAUUUUAUUUAUUCAUUAUUUAUUAAAACAAUAUUUCCAUGCUUUGUAAAUAUUGUUUAUUUAUUUUGGUGCAAUUAAUUUAUCUCUCAGAAUUGUUUGGGACAAAAUGCAUCUAAGUAAUAGCUUCUCAAUUUAAUUAUUCUUCAUAACAAAUAAAGCAAGAUAUUUUCCCCAACCCCCAAAAUGAUUUAGUAUAAUUUCAUGUCUUUAUAACUGCCAUCCUGUGCUUAACUUAUGUCCUCAACUUGUAGGGUUUCCCAAACUGGGUCCUGGGGCCCCGACGGGUGCAUGUUUUAGUUUUGUCCCAGCACUACACAGCUGAUUCAAAUAACCAACUCAACAUCAAGCUUUGAUGAUUUUAAUCAGCUGUGUAGUGCUGGGAAAAGGGGGGGGCAGGACUGGGUUCGGAAAACCCUGCUCUAAUAUAUAUAGAACAUGUUUCAUUAUUUUCUAAUAUGAUUCAAUGUAUAGUUGUCUUGUCAUAAUUUGACUUUGUUUGAGGACAAUGAUAGCAUGAUAAAACGGAAGCUUCUCAUCGGUAAAUAUCUCCAAAAGUUCAUGUAUUUGUUGAUUUACAUUCAUUUUCUACUAAUAGCAACCCAUCAUGCAGUCAAGCUCCAACUAGUCCCUUUGUUUAGUCUGUUUCAAUAUGUUUAAAACCUGUACUGUUUAAAGAAUGGGUUUCAUGGGAUGCUGUAUAAAACCAGGGGAAAUGAAAACAACAUAAAAACUGUGAAACAUUUAUUGAACUGUUUGAUGAAAAUAAAUUGUACUGU